GUCCUUAACAGUGUUUGCUCUAGCGGGGCUGAUGGUGAUCAUCGUGAGCCUUUCCGUUGCCGUUGCCUAUCCACAAGGAUGCUACGAAUGUUCGAAAGAAGAAGGAUAUCCACGUGAACCGUGCUGCGAGUGUACUCAGUGUCGUCAUCAUUUUGAGGUUCAGAAACCGAAGGAUCCGGGCUGUAAAAAGAAGUACAACCAUCACUUCGAUGUAGAGGAGAUUACGGGCUGCGCGAAGGAAUCAUACGAGCGGCUCGAUGCUGCAGUUGAGGUGCUGCCCGAUCCGGGAUGCAAAAAAUCGUACAAUUACCAUUAUGGGGUGGAGAAACCCUGCGGAUGCGACAAGGAAAGCUACGAGGCACUGGACUUCCAGGUGAUUAAACCGAAAAAUCCAAAGAAGUGCAAAUCCGUGAAGCUCCAGGCUCAUGCUGAUCAUCCUGUUCGUGCAUGCCAGUGUGACUGCAAAAAACGACGGUAUGUGAUGGGAGAGACAUCGCAACAAAACACUACCAGGCCAAGUAUCCUAGAAGCUGUGCCUUCCUGGGACCAUGACGAUAGUGAUCGUAACCGGAUACCGCGCCUCAAGCGUUUUGUUAAACCAAGUUCCCCUCAGACUCCGUUCCAAUUCUUUCUCAAGCAACCCCAGCUGCUACGUAGCCGCAUUUUGCGAUCGAGAAAUUCACACAUUUUGCGUGUCGCGAAUGAUCCACGAUCGAAGCGGAAGAAUGACGAGCUACCAUUGCUCUUCUCCAAGGAUGGUUUCCACUGUCACUGUUAUCCAUCCAAUGGCGCUAGCCCAGCUCCUCCUUCGGAGAUAGUUGGUGCCGCCCAGUCUAAACCGGCCAGUCGUGAUCAGGAAACGCCAGUGCACAUUGGCGAUGUAGGGCGUCCGGUUACGUAUGAGCAGAUCAAGCAACAUCUGGAUGCUCUACCACGUAGCGAGUACGGCCCGACCACGAACGAUAUGAUUGGCAAUUUAACUAUUCUGUUUUACGAUAUCUAUCAGCAGAAACAUAAGAAUAACUUCACUCUUCCUCUCAAGUACGGCACUCGGACCGUGAUCAAUGAGGGCGACGGUUUGUAUCGGUAUGACAUCAAACCGAUCGAAGGUGUCUACGAGCCAUCGUCGAUAAACAAGAUCGCCUCCAAGGCGCUGAAGAUUGCCGGGCGAAAGUUGGAUCGAAAAGUGGGCCAGAACGGUGCUCGGUCUAAUCGCGUACGGGCCCGAUCCGCUGCAGCAGCCAAUCGAGGAGAUCCGGUUACGAUCAAUUAAAGCGAGCCGCCCGGUUGUAGUCGAUUCGAUUUGUGGCUGCUGUAUACGUUGAAAGCAGUAGCUCAGUGUUUCUAAUAAGUUUUCGUUUUUUAAUUAACAUGACCCCAGCUAAACGGACUCCUGACAGGGACUCACAGACGACCGGACGACAUCGGACUGGAGACUCGAUGCUGUACAAAUGACUGUACAAUGACCUAGGAAUUUUAUGUGAUGUAGCGACUUCAGAGAC